AUGACUGAAGCGCUCAAGGCUUGCGAGGGGAAUCGAAGGAUCCCGAUUCGACUCAUCAUCUGUGUAGACGGAACCUGGACUGGACCGGAUGGAACAUAUCCUGCCAAGAACGGUAAUAUCAGUAACAUUUUCCGAAUAUGGUGCUGCGCGAAAGAAGAUCAAGUCAUUGGCGCAGACGGCCGAGAAUGGCGACAACAGCGGGUCUAUGUCCGUGGCAUCGACGACACUGGCAGUUGGCUCGGCAAAGUUGUCACAGGUGUGUUCGCGACUGGUGUAGAGCAGCAGAUCAAAUCCGUGUAUCAGAUGUGUUGCGAGAGGGCUUGCCAUCCUGAAGACGAGGUGUUCUUGUUCGGCUACAGUCGUGGUGCUUUUGUUGUUCGUGCUGUUGCUAAUUUGCUUGCAUACAUGCGGAUACCAGGCCAUACGAGCGAUCAAAAGGAAUUUGAUCAAGCUUACGAUAGGAUCCUGGAGGUAUACCAAGCCGUGAGGAUUGGCGGCAAGCAGCAAGCGGGAUCGAUAUACGAAUACAUGUCUAGCAGCCGUCCGCCACCAAAGAUUCAGUUUCUUGGAGUCAUAGACAGUGUGAAAGCAUACGAUGACGGAGGUCUUUAUGAGAUUGGUCUACAUCCAGCCUUGCGACAUUGUCGCCAUGCUGUUGCCAUCAACGAGACUGAUCCUGCAUACGCACCACAACUCUGGAUGCUACGUCCCAGAACGGCGGAGUAUGAGCUGAGGAAAGCGAGUAAGCUGCAUAGUGUGCUCGAAGGCUGGUUCCUUGGUACGCAUGGCAGUCUAGGAGGUGCUAAGAGUGAGGAUGGUGCUGCGCUGUACGCAGCACAGUGGCUUCUGUCCGAAGCCAAGGACGCUGGUCUUGUCCUUGGCUUCGCCACUGUAUGCGACUCAAGUCUUGUUCCUGCAGGGUUGAAAAUGGACAAUCCAUUGGAGGUGAUAUUUCCCGCACCUCUUGUCGACAUCCCUAAUGCCGUACGGGCGUCGGACUUGGUUAUGAAGAACGGUGUAGAGGUCAAUCUUUGGGACAUGAGCGAGAUUCAUCGGCGACCAGGCCUCGCACUGUCGAUGCCAGACUCAUUGAGUCGAUGGACCAUAAUUAGACGAGACCGUCAGAUCUUCUCCAGCGAAGAUUUAAUAGGCCACCUCCACGAUACUCCUCUUGGGACAUUCGUCCAUCCUUCUGUGUAUAUCAUCCCGGGUAGCAACCUCAGUGCCUCACCAAUCAACCUUGGGCAAGGCUUGGAGGAGGCGCUCGAUCGAUAUCGGCAGGAUGAAUUGGCGGACACGCUACUAGCAAGCAAGUCUAACGACCAGAUCACAAUGCCGGUAGUCUCGAAGUUUCGUUUGCUCGUAUGCGGAUCGGCGGGAGUCGGGAAGAGCACCCUUGUAAAUCUGCUUUUAGGCGUGCCAGAAAUGACACAAGAGAGCCACGGUGCACACGGUGUUCAUGAUGUGGAGACGGGAUUCUCACCGGAUGAUGCACCAUACAUCGUUCACGACUCCUGUGGCUUCCAGGCCGGCCAAGACGACGAGCUUGAUCGCGUUCGUUCGCUCUUACGAACAAGAUCGAAAUCGGCCAAUAUUGACGAGCGUGUCCACUUAUUGCUAUAUUGCGUCUCGUCCACCCGAUUGAGGACCACAGAGUCGGCCGAUGCAGAAGUACUUCGACUUGUGGCGGAGAGCGACAGCCGGAUCUCAGUCGUCGUUGUCUCUACUCGUUUUGACGAAGUUGAGGCGCUAUGUACCGACGAAGUGGAGCGGAGUGUGUUAUCCGAGAGUGGCAAGAGAAGCCGCCGUCAGCUAGCACCUGAAGAGUGGGACGUCAUCGAAUCGAGGGUGCAGGAGGCCAUGGAUCAGAAGAAAGAGCAUAUCACGGCGGGUCUGCAGGCUGCAGGCACUGGCUUUGUGGGUCCAGUCUUUACUUCGAAAGAUGAUGGCGAGUCGGUUGCAGCUCUGACUGAAAUCAUCACUGCAAGCAUGACUGAUGUUCGCAUCCAGGAGAUGUUCAUCGCGGCACAGAUCUGUAGUGUACAGCCAAAGAUCGACUUUGCCAUAGAUCACAGCAUCCGACUAUACGGGCACGCUAUCCGAACCUCAGCGCUUCCGAUUGCUUUCUCAGGCCUCAUAGCGAGCACGACUAUUACUGCAAUGAUUGUCCGCGAUGUCCUCAAAGCCUUCCACUUCACCGGGUACAGCACAGAUCUUGCUGUCAGCACCAUCUCAACAAUGCUGGUAGGCAACUACGAAUCGAAUGGGGUCUACGUGGCAGCCAAUCUAUUGAGCGUCGCGACUGCAGGCUCGAUGGCUACCGUUGUUGCUUCGCCACUUGGAUUGGCCCUAGGCGCAGGCUCCUAUAUGCUGAAACUUAGCGCAGUCCCGCAGUUUGGGAGAAUGCUGCUGAUGUGCACGAUCGACACCGUACUCAUCAUGGAAAGAGUCUUCUGGAGGAGUACCUCCCGCGCUUCAACGUUGUCGGAUCUACGCAAAGCGUGUGCUGCUUAUAAGCAGAAGAUGGACGCUGUUCAUGCCGCGGUUAAGAACAUGCUGCCGCUCUGGUCCGUAUGGGAUGCUUUUCAGUUUAAAAAGCUGCGCACGGAGCUCGGCCGGAUCGUGGAUGAUCAUCGGCUUCGAAAAGAUCGUUGA